AAAACAAAACAGUGUUCUGGGAACUGGAAGGGAUCAGAAUAUAACACCCCCAAAUAUGCCAUUUUGGCACAGGGAUUAUAUUAAUCGAAGGUAAUUGAGAAACAGAGGACUCAGCCUAAAAGCAGGGCAUAAUUUUUUUUUCUUCCUAUAAACGGAGAGGAAAACUGAAGACUGUUUUCUCUUGCAGUUCUGGCCAGCUCUCCACUUGGGGCUUUUGUUUGAUGUCAUGUUUGGCUGUGACAGCUCCAGAGCGAGGCUUGUGGAAUUUAGGGGCGGUGGGGAGAGCAGGGGGGCUGAGCCCGGCUUGGGGCUGGAGGCGAAGGGUGCUGAGGUCGAGCAGAACCAAGGGGUUGGGCCGGGCAUUAGGAAGCGCCUGCAGGACUUCACACUCGCGCCCCACUGCGGGUGCCUGUCUCACUCCAGGGGCGCGGCCUGCCACCUGCCAAUGGGCGUGGCCACAUUCUGGGGCGUGGCCAACCGGAUCUCAGAGCCCCGCUUGUUGGGGGCGGGGCUAACACGAAGGGGUGGGGCCGAGCCCCUCGGGGCGUGGCCUGUGGAAUGUCAGAACCCGGCCACUCGAGGCAGGCGCGGGUCUCCCGGCGCGGGUUCCUCCCACGCAGCCUCCCAUUCAAAAGAUGCCGAAGGGGCGGCGCGGCCGCCAGAGCCCCACGAUGAGCCAGCGGCCGGCCCCGCCCCUCUAUUUCCCGUCCCUCUACGACCGCGGGGUCUCCCCGUCCCCGCUGAGCGACUUCAAUAUCUGGAAGAAGCUCUUCGUGCCGCUGAAGGCGGGCGGGCCGGCGGGGGGCCGGUCCCUGCCGCAGGCGCCCCCGGCCCCGAUGCCCCUGCCGCCACCCCCGGGCCUGGGUCCCCCCAGCGAGCGGCCCUGCCCCGCGCCCUGGCCCUCUGGCCUGGCCUCCAUCCCCUAUGAGCCUCUGCGCUUCUUCUACUCGCCGCCGCCAGGGCCCGAGGUGGCUGCCUCGCCCCUGACCCCUGGCCCCACACCCUCCCGGCUCGUCUCCGCCUCCCACCCCGAGGAGUUGUGCGAACUGGAGAUCCGCAUUAAGGAGCUGGAGCUGCUCACCAUCACUGGGGAUGGCUUCGACUCCCAGCGCUAUAAGUUCUUGAAGGCGCUGAAAGAUGAGAAGUUACAAGGACUGAAGACCAGGCAGCCUGGAAGGAAGUCAGCCUCUUUCUCCUGAGGCGCCGCCCACCAGAGCCUGGGCAGCCACCUCCUUAGGUGUUAGUGCUUAGAUAAUGUGUCCUGUUCGUUGUCAUUUCAAAAAUUGUUAUUUUCUGUUCUGUAUUUACUGCUGUUCUUGUUGCUCCCAGCAUGUACUCCACAUACAGUGCCCACGUGGUAAAUCUCA